CUUGGGAGUAUUUAGUUUAGGGCUUUGUUGGCCUCUCUGUUCACUCGUUAGAAGCGGAGAACUGAAAGAGACAGCGAUCUCUUUGGUGGAGAAAGAGGGAGAGAUGGAGCAAACCUUUGUCAUGAUCAAGCCUGAUGCUGUUCAGAGAGGCCUGGUUGGCGAGAUCAUUGCUAGGUUCGAGAAGAAGGGUUUCACGAUGAGAGGUUUGAAGCUUAUGAGCGUCGACCGGGCGUUUGCCGAGAGACACUACAACGAUCUUUCUGCAAAACCUUUCUUCAAUAUUCUCGUCGAGUAUAUCAUUUCUGGCCCUGUUGUUGCAAUGGUGUGGGAGGGCAAGAACGUAGUAUCGACAGGUCGAAAGAUCAUCGGAGCUACCAACCCUGCGGAGUCUGCUCCUGGCACCAUUCGUGGUGACUUUGCAGUUGAGAUUGGCAGGAACAUCAUACACGGGAGCGACUCUGUCGAGAGUGCAAGGAAGGAGAUUGCCAUGUGGUUCCCAGAGGGUAUUGUUGCUUGGGAAAGUAGCAUUCUUCCAUGGAUCUAUGAGUAGAGAAGAAGCAGAGAAGCUUUGCCGCUGCUACACGGAUCCGGCAGAACUUGCUACCAGGCUGCAUAGGCAACACCGUAGGCUCAUCAUAACUCGCAGCUCGCUGUUGUGCCAGAUUUGAGUUGCUCUUGCUUUCUGUUGUAUCGAAUAAGCUUUAUGUUGGGACUUUGAUAGGCUUGGCUUUUUCUGCUAUUUGCUCGCCUUUGGAUGAUGGCAUGACGUUCUUCUCCAUUGGCAUUCGAUUUUGACAGGGUGGUUGUGGUAAACCUGUUUCUGCUUAUAUAUUUGUCUUGAAUGCCUGAA